AUGGCGUCUACCAAAGAUUAUAGACUCCUCUGCCUGGAGAACCCUCUCCUCGACAUCCAGGCUGUCGGCGACCAGGCCUUGCUUGACAAGUAUGGCCUCAAGGCUAAUGACGCGAUCCUGGCCGAGGAGACGCACCAGGGCCUCUUCGAGGACCUGCUCAACAACUACGACGCCAAGCUGAUUGCUGGCGGCGCGGCGCAGAACACGGCGCGGGGUGCACAGUACAUUCUGUCCCCCAACAGCGUCGUGUACCUUGGCGGAGUCGGCGAUGACAAGUACGCGGCCAUCCUGCACGACGCUGUCAAGCAGGCCGGCCUGCGCGUCGAGUACCGCGUCGACGCCAAGGAGAAGACAGGCCGGUGCGGCGUCGUCAUUACCGGCCACAACCGCAGCUUGUGCACUGAGCUGGGCGCCGCUAACCACUAUGACCUCGAGCACCUCAAGAAGCCCGAUAUCUGGUCCCUAGUCGAGAACGCCGAGGUCUUCUAUAUCGGAGGCUACCACUUCACGGUCUGCCCUCCCGCCAUUAUGGAGCUGUGCAAGCAGGCAGCCAGCGCCAACAAGCCCCUCAUCCUGUCACUGUCGGCGCCUUUCAUCCCGCAGUUCUUCAAGGACCCCCUUGAUGCGUCAGCGCCGUACUGGGACUAUGUGAUCGGUAACGAGGCCGAGGCGGAGGCAUAUGCCUCGUCGCACGACCUCGGCAUUACCGACCUCAAAGAGAUCGCCAAGGCGCUCGCGAACCUGCCCAAGGCCAACACCCAGCGCAGGCGCGUAGCCAUUAUCACCCACGGCACCGAGCCCACCCUCGUCGCUGUGCAGGGCGAGGAUGAGGUCAAGGAGUUCCCCGUGCACGAACUCAGCAAGGAGCUGCUGAACGACACAAACGGCGCCGGCGAUGCCUUCGCUGGCGGUUUCGCCUCUGGCAUCGUAGAGGGCCGCUCUCUCGCCGAGUCCAUCGACCGCGGCCAGUGGCUCGCUCGCCUGAGCAUCCAGGAACUGGGUCCUUCCUACCCUUUCCCCAAGCAAACAUACCAAGCCUAA